UCUAUUAUUUCAGCUGCAAGUUUUUCAUAUUUGCUACAAAUACUGUGUUGAGUUUCGAGGAAGUAGCCGAUCACAGAUUACUUCAGACUCAAAUCGUGUGUCCCUGUGUUACGUCAUUCGUGUUACUGACUGUCAACCUAUAAAAGUGACUACCUGAAGUACUAUGGUAUUGGAGAUGUAUUGGGCGUACCAAAUCACAGUGCUGAUGUUACUUGUUUGUGCAAAACAUGAACCAGGUGUUGGUAUUCUUACUAUGGACAAGAGCAUGGCAGUGAUUGGUGAGCCUCUUGUCUUAAAAUAUGAAAGUCAGGUGGCUAUUACAAAGCGAGUUGCAUUUACAGUGGACGGCAAUUUACAGGGAGUCUGUGAAGAUCGUUAUGUUAUUAAUGGACGAUGCGGCUCUGGACUUGGACACAAUGUCACCAGAAUCUCUUCACGUGUAAUCACGCUUGAGAUACAUUCAUUCAGUGCCUUAAAGCAUGCUGGGACAUGGCGUGUACAGGAAGGGUGGAAUACAUUUUCAAAUAGUCUGAUUAUAAAAGGCCCACAUAGAAGUGUUGGUAUUCUUACUAUGGACAAGAGCAUGGCAGUGAUUGGUGAGCCUCUUGUCUUAAAAUAUGAAAGUCAGGUGGCUAUUACAAAGCGAGUUGCAUUUACAGUGGACGGCAAUUUACAGGGAGUCUGUGAAGAUCGUUAUGUUAUUAAUGGACGAUGCGGCUCUGGACUUGGACACAAUGUCACCAGAAUCUCUUCACGUGUAAUCACGCUUGAGAUACAUUCAUUCAGUGCCUCAAAGCAUGCUGGGACAUGGCGUGUACAGGAAGGGUGGAAUACAUUUUCAAAUAGUCUGAUUAUAAAAGGCCCACAUAGAAGUGUUGGUAUUCUUACUAUGGACAAGAGCAUGGCAGUGAUUGGUGAGCCUCUUGUCUUAAAAUAUGAAAGUCAGGUGGCUAUUACAAAGCGAGUUGCAUUUACAGUGGACGGCAAUUUACAGGGAGCCUGUGAAGAUCAUUAUGUUAUUAAUGGACGAUGCGGCUCUGGACUUGGACACAAUGUCACCAGAAUCUCUUCACGUGUAAUCACGCUUGAGAUACAUUCAUUCAGUGCCUCAAAGCAUGCUGGGACAUGGCGUGUACAGGAAGGGUGGAAUACAUUUUCAAAUAGUCUGAUUAUAAAAGGCCCACAUAGAAGUGUUGGUAUUCUUACUAUGGACAAGAGCAUGGCAGUGAUUGGUGAGCCUCUUGUCUUAAAAUAUGAAAGUCAGGUGGCUAUUACAAAGCGAGUUGCAUUUACAGUGGACGGCAAUUUACAGGGAGCCUGUGAAGAUCAUUAUGUUAUUAAUGGACGAUGCGGCUCUGGACUUGGACACAAUGUCACCAGAAUCUCUUCACGUGUAAUCACGCUUGAGAUACAUUCAUUCAGUGCCUCAAAGCAUGCUGGGACAUGGCGUGUACAGGAAGGGUGGAAUACAUUUUCAAAUAGUCUGAUUAUAAAAGACCCACAUAGAAGUACGUAG